CACGUGACGCAAAGAGCCUAAACACGGAAGUAACCAACCCCACACGAGUUUGUUUGCAGCUCACUUCGCGUUCCCCCCGUUUUACAGUUCACAGUUAGUUGAGUUAGCUGGUUUUGUAGGACUGACGUUAAGCGACGUUCCGCCGUGUUACACGCAGGAGUUGUUGUUGUUGUUGUUGUUGUUGUUGUGCUAACGUUAAGUCACUAGCCAGGCCGCACACAGCGAGUCCGCUCGCUGCCAGUUAGCGGAUGCUAGCGUUUCUUUUGCGGAAGCCCGAUUGAAGAGUGUCCCCCGGGUCCUCUGUGCACAGUGGGACGGAGACAUGCCCGAUUCGGCAGCGACCGGUUCGAGGGUUUCGGACCCGCAACACGCCCAGAAACUCCUCCGGGUCCUUCGCACCUUCUGGCUCGAGCAAAGUUUCCACGACGCGCUGCUGGUGGUCGAUGGAGAGGAGCUGCCUGUCCAGAAGAACAUCCUGGCUGCUGCCAGCCCCUACGUCAGGACCAAGCUCAACUACAAUCCCCCAAAGGAAGAUGGGUCUACAUACAGAAUCGAGCUGCAGGGGGUCUCCAUGGCCACCAUGAAGCAGAUCCUGGACUACAUCUUCAGUGGUGACAUCACGUUGAGUGAGGAGACCAUUCAGGACAUGGUCCAGGCGUCCGACAUGCUCCUCAUGACCGACCUCAAGAACCUGUGCUGCCAGUUCUUGAAGAGCUGCAUCACUGCAGAAAACUGCAUCGGCAUCCGCCACUUCUCUCUGCACUACUGCCUUCACCACGUCCACUACGCCGCCACGGAGUUCCUGCAGACGCACUUCAGCGACGUGGCGCGCACCGAGGAGUUCAGGGAGUUGCCCCCAAGCCGGCUCUGCGAGCUGCUGGCGAUGGAGAAGCUGAACGUGGGCAACGAGAAGCACGUCCUCGAGGCCGUGUUGCAGUGGUACGCACACGACCCCGUGGAGCGCAAGGUCCACAUGACGGAGGUGAUGUCCGCCGUGUGGCUGCAGGGCCUGGACGUGAGCUACCUGAGGGAGCAGGCUGUGGGGGAGCCGCUGACGAGGGAGGUGAUCACGGAGCACUGCCAGCAGGUGCUGUCGGACGGCCCGCUGCAGGGCGAGGCCAUGCUCGCCGCCUUCAAGCCGCGAGGUUACUCCGAGUGCAUUGUCAUCGCCGGAGGGGAGGAUCGCAAAAGCAGGAAGCCCACCGCCGUGACGCGCUGCAUGUGUCCGCUCUACGACGCCAACAGACAGGCCUGGAUCGAGCUGCAGCCCAUGAGCGGCGCCCGCCUCGGCCACGGAGUGGUAGCCGCGGAGGGCUUUUUGUUUGCGAUGGGCGGAGCAGAUGAACACAACACGGUCCUGGACAGUGGAGAGAAAUAUGACCCCGACUCCAACAGCUGGAGUCCCAUCCCGCCGAUGCUGCAGGCGCGUCAGAGCUUCGGCGCGGUGGAGCUGGAGGGUCUGAUCUACGUUCUCGGAGGAGAGAACAAGGACGGCGAGCUGAUCACCGUCGAAGUGUUCGACCCCCACUUCAGCACCUGGAAACCUCAGACCAGUAUGACCAUGAUCCGCAAGGUCGCCUGCUACGCCUCCAUGAACAAGAAGAUCUAUGCCAUAGGGGGGGGCUCCUACGGGAAGCUGUACGACUCCGUGGAAUGCUUUGACCCGAAGAUCCAGCAGUGGACAGGCCUCUGCCCUCUGAAAGAGAGACGGUUUGGGUCGGUGGCGUGCGGCGUUGGCCAGGAGCUCUACGUGUUUGGCGGCGUUAGAAGCAAGGAGCAGGACAACCCCGAGCAAAGGCAGAUGCUGACCUGCAAGUCUGAGUUCUACCACGACGACAUGAGGAGGUGGAUGUUGCUGGAUGACCAGAACCUGUGCAUUCAGACCAGCUCGUUUGUCUGCGGCGCCGUGCCCGUUGGAGCCAGCGUCUAUGUGCUGGGAGACCUGGACACAGGGACCAGCUUCGACUACAUCCGGGAGUUCCGCCGCAGCACCGGCACGUGGCACCACACCAAGCCCAUGCUGCCCGGCGACCUCUCCAAAACGGCCUGCGCCGCCCUGCGCAUCGCCAACUGUCGACUGUUCCGCCUCCAGCUGAGCCAGGGCCUGUUCCGGAUCAGAGUGUGAUUCGGUGUGACUACCCGCUCCCCGGUCUGACUUUGGGGGUUUCACCAACACUUGCGAGGUCUAAUUGCGACACGACAAAACACAAACUGUUUUAUUUGUUUUUGUUUUUUCUAACAUCUGUUUAUUUUUCCGUUAUAUCGUGGUGGUGUUUUUUUAAUUCAUAUGUAAUGUUUACUCGGGGGGGGGGUGGGGGUUUAUCUUGUUGCUUGGUGAGAGAUUUCAUAUCAUUACCAUUUCAAAAACACUGUAAUUGUAAAAUCGAGGAACAACACUAUCAAUCAUCCUGACGUCUUCAACCGCUGCUGUGAAGGUCAAAGGUUGAACAUGUUUUAAGUUGCAUAAAUCUUUAGUGGGAAAUGAGACUUUGGAGUCAGUCCCCUAGAAGCAGAGUGAUGGGGGUCAUAUAGUAGAUUAUGGAUUUGAUUCGUGGAGGUUACUGAAGUUAUCAGUGUUACCAGCAAAGUGUCGUCUCACGCUGGCUCGGUGCACCUGGUCUGCGCGGCGAGCGUCUUUCUAGACACAUUAUUGAGUUUAUUACCGAGUCGCAGCGUUCACCAGUGUCACACGUGGCUUUUUCAAACGCACUUUGCCUUCACUUCCUGUUUGUGUUCCAGUGGAUGUGCUCAAAAUGAUGUAGACAUUGAGAUUAGUCUGAAUUACCUCGCAAAGCGAACUGCGGCCGACGAGCCGCGGACAACAACGGCCGGACUCGGGACGUGCUGCAGAUCCCUGGAGGUCCCUCCCUCUGUGAUUUCGGUGCGUGCGCGGCGUUCGUGUCGGUUAAAGUCGUGUCCUCUGGUUCCUGCGUGAACGGCUGGAUGGUGACGCGUAGCGUAGAAGAGCAGUCCGAUGCCGUAAAUCGAACGCGCGCUGCGCAAAGCGAGUGACGCGACUUCGGGGGUUCGCUCGUACCGUUUCCUGCUGACGGGCGCGUCGGGUGGCGGGAUCACGUGUUUUCUUUGAUUCGGAGGUGACUGGCAACGUCUCACCACGUGUCGUGCUUUUAGGUUUCUUUAGUGCAAAAGUUGUUCCUGGAAAUAUUGUUGUUAAAUAUUUAAAGAAAAUGUUCCAGAUCCAUUUAGAUUGAUGAUAACACAAUAAGGAAGCGGAGAGGGGACGUAUGUAUUGGGGGGGGGGGGGGAACUGUCCAUUUUUUAAAUCCGCGUUGAUCACACGGAUUCAUUGCAUCACUUAGUUUUGCACUUAAGGGGGGGGAGAGAAGUUCCUGAUUCAACGCGAGGAAGAAGCUUUUGCUAAUUAUUCCUGUUCCUCCCGGUGGAGGGAGGCCCGCUUUAGUCGUCCCUGACGGGAAUGCUCGUUUUCACUUUUGGUCACUGCCGAAACCGUUUUGUGAAAGCGAAACCCGACUCACUGCGUCGCUUUCCAAAAAAAAAGAGGCUGAACGCACAAAAAAGCUGCACACUACGGAUGGAUCUGACGCAUUAUGUUUUUAAAAACAUGAGGCAACCAAACGUGUUGCAUUGCUCAUACUUUCUGCUGUUCGUUUACAACCGAUCGUGCAAAUCAUUGGAGCGGCCGGUGCCGCUGUGCUGUCGUCAAACCUGCAGAAGAAGAGUCAGACUGAAAGAAAAGAAUAGGGAGCGUUCCGCCGAGGCCGCGAGGACCACUUCCUCGUUCCGCAUUGACGCUUAAUCGUCCUUAAAAUGUCUCGGCGGGAGUGGAGUCAUUUACGGUAAAGGACGGGCCGAGCUGCGGUUGAAAAAAACCGUCAACCGUUAUUAACAAAUGACCUCAUCAGUUCAAAUCAGUCAAACCCUCGAUUGCGAAGCACAUUUCUUUGACGUUGUCAUGGUGACGUGGCAUGUCCCAUCUGUAUUCACGCCGUUUUCAGGCACUCACGGGUGAUGCGGGUCAAGUCCCUCGGGGGUCAGGGGUCAGGGUCAAGGGUGGGAACACUGGGAUUGGGCCUAUGAGCCUCAUUCGUUCACGCCAAAGGAAAUAAAACAAUGUGAUCAACUCCCUGCCUUCUGUUUCUCUCUGGGUAAACGGUCGCCAUCGGUCACAUUCAUAUUAGUAUUCCUGCUAUUACCAUUCACUACAGUAACACUUUCUAUGAUCAUCUGAUAUCACUACCGCCAUCCUUUUAAUAUUGACCACUUGUUAUUUCUUGUAUUUGGGCCCUUCCUCUGUUACUAUUACAGCGGCUCUACCGUGACUGUUGUUUCUCUUUAGAAGCACGAAGAAGUGUCUCAACAUCACUUUUGUUAUGUUUUCAUGAUCAGUGCCUUCUGUGUGGUUCUCAAAUGUGCAAAAUGAAAUAAAAAUGCAAACGCUCCCGCUUUCCCGGACCAGAGUGAAUGCGUAAUCUCGCCGCCUGGUCCUCUGUCUUCCCCCCAGGGCCAUUUCGCCGUUCUCGCUCGAGGGAUUUGCUUCUCCGCGUGUCGAGGUUUUGAUCUACUUCCUUUACUUUUGCUUGCUGUUUACACGCCACGGGUUCGGGGAAACGUCGACAGAAGACGUCCGCAGUGACAAAUCACAAUCAAGUCUAACUUGCGCUACAACCGUUUCACUGCUUCUUUGCGUCACCGACAGUAAACGCGCGGCAUUCAUAAAGCACUUUUACAUUUGUCCUCCCUGCAGGCUCCUCUUUGCAAGGUCAGCGUCUUUUUUUUUCCCAACUGUCGCUUGGCAACCACCGAAGGAGCUCUAACAUUAGCCCGCCACAAAUCUUGAACUUUAAACUAGCUGUUGGUCCAGUCUAUUAGUCCCAGUCAACGGAAAGAACUUCAGUGUGGCUUUCAAUCACCUCGGUAAAAGUCGUACGCAGCAGCUCCACGAUGAAAACGGAGCGCGUGGAGUGAAGUCGGGGGCACGUGUCCGCGUUGAAGAGGCCCGUGCGCCUGAUAUGUGACAAGAAAAUAAAGCUUUCUUCAAACUGA